UAUUUCAUAUAGAGAAUAACUUAAUAUAUUAUGUAAUUUUAUUCGUGCAUAAAAACCUAAUCUACUGAACUCCCCUAUCAAGAUAUAGUUCACGUUUCACCCUGGGAAAUAUGAUGACACUUAUACCGGCUUUUUUUCCAUAUAGUGAAAAGACAACGAAACAUGCCUAAGUAGUGUCCAAAAUGGCUCUUACAAGUGUUAUAUAGGUUUGUAAACUUAUUUCUUCCUUAGCCAUACAUAAAGCCAUAGUUUGGGUUAUCAGUUUAAACUGCGGUUCGAAGGACUGUCAAGUUCAACCGAAGAAGAACAAUGUAUCCGGCCCGGCGAUGUUCAUCGCUGCUUCACCGAGAACUGGCCGCAGUCUGUCUCUCAUUACUGGGGACACAUCCAAAGAAAUCCGGUCCGCUGAAGAAAAGCAGCCUUCCGAGUUCACGACUCUUCCACACCAGCGUAGUUCAUCCUCCUCCAACCAGGUCCAACUCAUCACCCGCUCUGCUCGGUUCUUUACAAGUGUGUCAGAUGGGAAGCAGCAGUAGUGGCAGCAGCAGACUCUUCAAUACUCUGGCCCAGACUCUGAGCAGUGCUGCGCUGGCAGACUCACAUGUGGAUUCUGACGACUACGAGUAUGAGCAGGCUGACCCGGACGCUCUGUUGCGUGAAUGCGAGGAGGUUUUGAAGAACCGGCCUCCUCGAAUGCACCGAGACUUUGUUAUGACCAGAGCCUGCUCACUGCAGAACACACCCAUCCGCAUCAUGCAGUGGAACAUCUUAGCACAAGCUCUGGGCGAAGGCAAGGAUGGUUUUGUGCGCUGCCCGAUUGAGGCGUUGAACUGGUCAGAGAGGAAGUAUCUUAUACUGGAAGAGAUCCUUACCUACAGGCCAGAUGUGCUGUGUCUACAGGAGGUGGACCACUACUUUGACACCUUCCAGCCUGUGCUCGCCAGCUUAGGCUACCAGAGCAGCUUCUGCCCCAAGCCAUGCUCCCCCUGCCUGGAUGUUCACAAUAACAAUGGCCCCGAUGGCUGCGCUCUGUUUUUCAACCGACGUCGCUUCCAGCUGCUCCACACCGCUCACCUCAGACUCUCUGUCAUGAUGCUCAAAACCAACCAGGUGGCCGUCGUGGCUACGCUUCGCUGCAGGCUCACAGGUCAAGUCUUCUGCGUGGCAGUAACACACCUGAAAGCACGGAGCGGCUGGGAGGCGUUUCGUAGUGCACAGGGGGCUCAUCUCCUCCAGCAGCUCUGUGACCUAACCACACAGUCGCACCCGGAGAUGGAUGAUGAAAACAGGACUAGGGUUGGGGAAAGCGAAGAGGGUAUUCCGUUGGUGGUAUGUGGGGAUUUUAAUGCAGAACCAAGUGAGGAAGUGUACAGGUGCUUUAUGACUUCUCCACUGGGGCUAGACAGCGCUUAUAAGUGUCUGAGUGAGAACAGGAACACAGAGCCGCCCUACACCAGCUGGAAGAUCCGGCCAAGCGGAGAGAGCCGCUCCACAUUGGACUACAUUUGGUACUCGGAAAGAGCGUUCCAGGUGGACACUGUGCUGAGGAUACCGAAUGAAGAGCAGAUCGGGCCAGACCGGCUUCCGUCAUAUCAUUAUCCCUCUGAUCAUUUGUCACUGGUGUGUGAUUUAAGCUUUAGUCAGCAGCCUCAUAGGCUCAUGUAGCUGUCAAUCAUUAGUGCUCACGGCCUUCAUCUCCAAUAGGGAUCCAGAAUAGCUUAGGAAAUUCCUAGUGCGUGUGUGUGUAUGUCUGAAUGUGAGAAUGCAUUAUUGCAAAGAAUGUAACUUAUCUUAUUCACACAAACCUUAUUUUUACUUGCUGAUGUAGGUCUUAAUGCACCUCUGUGCUUACUAUCCUUGAAGGAGAUUAACUAUUAUUAUACUCUUAUUGUUUAAGCAGAGGUUGUGCAAUAUAUUGUAAUUUAUUAAGUGCUAAAGGAUGAUCUCAGGAAGAUGCACAUUAUGGAUUAAAAGGUUCCACUAGUGGAAAGAUGUUUAUAUUUAUAGUGACUGUACUUUUUUCUUUUAGUAACACUAUGUUUUCCACUGACCAGUAAUCCAAAUACAUCACAGUGUAUUUAAA